AUGGACUACUACUGGACAUACAAUGUUGAAUUGACUACGAAUCAGGAUAAACUCUGUAACCUAAUAUCAACUCUGAUAGUAGCUGAUAUGACUGAAAAUUCGCCAAAUAUUCCUUUCUACAAAAACGAUGGAAAAAACAAAGACUUUUGGCUGCAUGAAUGGAAGGCACAUGGGAUGUGCUUUAAAUUUCCAACGAAUGCUACAAAAUUUUUCCUAUUUGGCUUGGACAUUUUUCAGCGUUUUAAUUUCCUUUCAAUUCUGGAAACAGAACAAGUUCGUCCGGACAAUGGAUCAUAUAAUAGAUCUAAGUUAGCAACUGCUGUUACUAACGCUUUGGGAGGAGUAAAACCUGAAAUUGCUUGCAACGAAAAUAACGAUGGAAAUGUACAAUUACACGAGAUUCGGGUCUGCUAUGAUGACCAAGAUAUACUUAGGCCAUGUUAUCGUGGGUUUUAUGGUUGUCCGGACGAUAAACUGGUACAAUUUGUUUCUGCUUAG